GGCAGUUAGCAAGCCUGUUGUUAGCGGGAGGUUCGCAGUUUUUUAUAAUUAUGGAUGAGGUUAAGUCUAAACCUAAUUCCUCUAAAAGGAUUGUUACUGAUUAUCAGAAGGCACAUAAACGUGCCGAACGUGAACGUUCGCGUUUAGCGAAGGAGCAUCAAAGAGAACUAGAAAGGAAGAAAAAGAUCUUGGAGAAGGAGAAGCAGCAACGACAAAGACAAGAGAAAAAGGAUGCUGAAGAACGUGAAAAGGAGGAGAAACGUUUAAAGCGGAGGGAGGAACAGCGUAAAAAAGAGGAGGAAAGGGAAUGUGAACGUAAAAAGAAAGAGGAGGAGAAACGCAAAAAGGAAGAGGAGAGAUUGCAAAAAGAACAGGAAAGGAAAAAGGAAGAAGAGUUGAAAAUUCAAAGAGAAGAAAAGCAGCGAGCAGUCUUAUUGGGAUUCCUCGUCAAGUCAGAAAACAAGAAGGAAACCAGUAUGGUCUCUGGUUCAGACUGUGGACCUUUUAUAAAAUUUGAAGUCCGAAAAGAUAUGAAAAUGGCUCCUCUUCACAGAAUGUCGCAGAGUUUGUUGUAUCAGAAGAGGAACAAUAUCGACAACUUAAGAAGUGCCUGGAUAGAGGGAUCUAACAGAGAUACAGGAUCGUCACUUGGUUUGCUCAAAUUCGGACGGGCCAACUAUCUUCACGAACUCCGAACAGGACAAAUAAUGCCGUUAUCCUAUCCAAGUACCUGGCCAAUCGAACCACCCAAUGUUCAUUAUCUUGGAGAUAAUAUGUAUCUGCCUAUAAACUCUGCCGCUUUAAAACAGCAUGGAAAUCGUGGUGGUGGUGGAACUGUAUGGCUUCGUGCUAAAUUAUUUCAAUUUACAGAAAAUUACCGACCAGCUUAUUAUGGAACAUGGCGGCGUCGUAGUCGUAUUGUUACAGGUCGUAGACCUUUCGCUCGGGAUGAUUAUCAGCUUGAUUACUCAGCAGAUUCAGAUGAUGAAUGGGAAGAGGAGGAACCUGGUGAGAGUAUUACACAGUCAGAUAAUGAAGAAGAAGAAGAGGAGGAGGAAAAAGAGGAAGAUGAUGAUGAAGACGAUGAUGAUAAUUUCCUUGUCCCACAUGGUUACUUAUCUGAUGAUGAGGGUGUCGCAGCUGAAGAAGGCGAAGGUCCAAUUCCGGAUGAAAUGAAACAAUUGCGCCAACAGUUAUCUGUUGCUGAAUACGAGGCUGCUCAUCGUCGUGGACUUCAACGUUUAAAGCCGCUGUUGAUAGGGCCUUUAUGGUUACCUGAACCAGUGGAGUGCAUACCAAACAGUACUACUAAUAUAAUUAAUAAUCAGUGUCUUGAAGAGAAUAAAGAAAAUAUUGAAUUGUCUGAAAGGUGUGGCAUCAACAAACAGGUCAAUGAAAAAACAGAGUUUCAAUUAAUGAAAUCUGUUCUAAGCAUAUAUCGCGUAUUUCUGUGGACCCCUAAUUUACCGAUCUCAGUUGAACCUGACAUUAUCGCAAGUACACCUUCAAGAAGGUUAAAGAAAUCAUUGCCAGAGGAAGCUAUGCCGUAUUUUAUUCAUCUUGUUCAUCGAAGUCAUUUGGGAAAGCAUAAAUUAGCUUUCGAAUUCCGCGUCUUUUGGCAUCGCCACACCACUGGGAGUUUACCAGAAUGUCUUCAAUAUAUGGAAUACAAAAGGCAUAAUGCUAGUGCAAUGGGAUCAUCCGUUUCACGUGGUGCUGUGUUGUCUGGACCUGCUUGGGAUAAUUUACCACUAAGCCAGUAUCUUGUGUUGUCCAAACUAGCUGAAAUUGCUGUUUUUGCGGAAGGAAAGUGGAUGGUUAAUCCUGGGGUGCUUCAAAAGUAUGCAUCACGCUUAUGCAGUGUAUGCAAUAUUCAGGAGUUAGGUAUUGUGGAAAAAGUUGAUAAGGACUACCUAAAUAGCUUCACAUUUCCUUCAUGGCAAUACCUAACAGAUGUAGCAGCAACUAGUACUAGAGUAAGUCGUGUACCUAUAAACCGUCGGUCCGUGGAAUUACCAGCUGCCACAGAUUGUUUGGUAGAGUCAGAUCAAAAUGGCGUGCUUAAUAACGAUUCCCGCUUACUGUACCACAGCCUGCACAGCCAUUGUCUUCGCCAAGUGUAAUGGGUCCUCUGAGACAAACUGAAAAAGAAUCAACUCAUAGACAAGAUCGAUCCGUUUUAUCAAAUAAAGUUCAUGCUUCCGAAAAGGAUGCUAGUUUGUCUACCAGUAUCAGUCAAGAGAAUGGUUCUUCGAAAGUGACUAGUUUAUCUCAAACACCAGGUCGGAAGAGAGUGACUUUGGAUUCAUUUCUUAUACCUCCUGCAAAACGGCUGAAUAAUGUGUCUUCUGAAAUAUCCUCAGAGAACGACUGUCAUAUCAUUGAUUCUAAAUCAUGAAAAAGUUUUUAUCCUUUUCAUUUUCAAUAUGUAAAAUACCUGCGAAUGAGAGAACGAAUGAUACUUAGCUAUCAUCAUGUUUUCUUCUGAUCAUUAGUUUUUCGUGUAUCAAUCCCUAACCUACUAUGGUUAAAAACUCCAUUCUGUGUAUAAAUUAGUUGUAGGAAACAUGAAGCAGAGAUCUUCACUAUUCCUACACACACAUACUCUUGAAUUAGUUCUUUUUCUUUAUCAUGAGUGCAGAGAUACAUUUUUUUCCUGUUUUCCUGUGUUACUAGGAUGGUGUUUUUUCUUUUAAACUGCAUUAUCUUCUACUUAUUCAUAUCCUUUUGUCAGUGAUGUAUCCUGCUGAAAUAUAUGUGAAAGUGGACCCUUGAUAAUAAUCUUUAGAUUUCAUCCUUGAUGAUCUCUUAGUUCCUUGGAAAUAAAAAAGAUGGUAAGAUAGUAGAAAGUGUAUUUCAACGUCAAAAUGUGUACAAAAUGCAACGGUUUAUAUAUUUACAAUGGUCGUGAUAAUUUUUAAGCCUUCCUAGAAGGGGCGUAUCCUAUCGAUUUUGUCUCCAACUAAUCUGAUACUCGCUUAUUGGUUCACAUGCUUCUUCUCGAGACUUGAAUGCAAGGCGAUUGAUUGUGAAAGGCUUCAGGGAUGGUAGGGCUUUAGUGUGAACCUGGGGAGUCGUAUCACACACUAUAAAAGUGAAAGUGGCCGUGGCCAGCUUAUGAUAUCCAAGUUGAUUUAUACUGAUCGGAACGUUUAUUCUUUGAUGUCCAACAGGUUGUUUGAAAAAAGAAGUUGAAACUACUUUCAUAGUAUGGAAAUUAGCGAAACAGUUUCAGGCGUGUUGUUGAUUUAUUAGUGUUGGGUGUGCUAGAAUAACAACCUUAAGGUAUUUACCAUAGAUAAUUAUUAUCCUGUGGGGGUCGGGAUAACUACUUAUCAUCUAGUUGAGAAUUCUAAAGAAUGACAUUGAUAAGUACACUUCUUGUCUUCACGAAGUUAGAAUCCUAGUGAUAAAGGUUUUUAAAGUGUACCCAUUUUCUGACAAAAUGCAGUAAUUUGGAAGUAAUCAUAAGCAGUCUCAUACCUUUUUGCCGCUUGUACUUCCAUCAUCGGAACAACUUUAUGGCUAGGAAUUGUCAGUUUCCAACAUACCUGAAGUAUUUAAAAAAAUAUAUACCAACUCAAUUCUGUCUGCUUGCGCUUUCUUUCUCUGCAUUGUUCUUGAUUCCCACCUCCAACGACUGCUCACGCUGUAAUAUAUUUGAUUUCACAGUGCUCCACUGCGAACUAUAUUUAAUAACAUGUAACGCUUGUGCUGUAUGUGAAACAAAAUGAAAAUUGUUACUUACUGUUACUACAGCAUUUCAUGUAAUAGAUGUAAUUUUUUCGAAUCACUUAUAGAAAGUUUAAAGUU